AUGGGGCUCCGGAGCCACCACCUCAGCCUGGGCCUUCUGCUUCUGUUUCUACUCCCUGCAGAGUGCCUGGGAGCUGAGGGCCGGCUGGCUCUCAAGCUGUUCCGUGACCUCUUUGCCAACUACACAAGUGCCCUGAGACCUGUGGCAGACACAGACCAGACUCUGAAUGUGACCCUGGAGGUGACACUGUCCCAGAUCAUCGACAUGGAUGAACGGAACCAGGUGCUGACCCUGUAUCUUUGGAUACGGCAGGAGUGGACAGAUGCCUACCUACGAUGGGACCCCAAUGCCUAUGGUGGUCUGGAUGCCAUCCGCAUCCCCAGCAGUCUUGUGUGGCGGCCAGAUAUCGUACUCUAUAACAAAGCCGACGCGCAGCCUCCAGGCUCCGCCAGCACCAACGUGGUCCUGCGCCACGAUGGCGCCGUGCGCUGGGACGCGCCGGCCAUCACGCGCAGCUCGUGCCGCGUGGAUGUAACAGCCUUCCCGUUCGACGCCCAGUACUGCGGCCUGACUUUCGGCUCCUGGACUCACGGCGGGCACCAACUGGAUGUGCGGCCGCGCGGCGCUGCCGCCAGCCUGGCUGACUUCGUGGAGAAUGUGGAGUGGCGCGUGCUGGGCAUGCCGGCGCGGCGGCGCGUGCUCACCUACGGCUGCUGCUCCGAGCCCUACCCCGACGUCACCUUCACGCUGCUGCUGCGCCGCCGGGCGGCCGCUUACGUGUGCAACCUGCUGCUGCCUUGCGUGCUCAUCUCGCUGCUUGCGCCACUCGCCUUCCACCUGCCUGCAGACUCAGGAGAGAAGGUGUCGCUGGGCGUCACCGUGCUGCUGGCGCUCACCGUCUUCCAGCUGCUGCUGGCCGAGAGCAUGCCGCCGGCCGAGAGCGUGCCGCUCAUCGGGAAGUACUACAUGGCCACUAUGACCAUGGUCACAUUCUCAACAGCACUCACCAUCCUUAUCAUGAACCUGCAUUACUGUGGUCCCAGUGCCCGCCCAGUGCCAGCCUGGGCUAGGGCCCUCCUGCUGGGACACCUGGCACGGGGCCUGUGCGUGCGGGAAAGAGGGGAGCCCUGUGGGCAGUCCAGGCCACCUGAGUUAUCUCCUAGCCCCCAGUCUCCUGAAGGAGGGGCUGGCCCCCCAGCGGGCUCUUGCCAGGAGCCACGAUGUCUGUGCCGCCAGGAAGCCCUACUGCACCACGUAGCCACCAUUGCCAAUACCUUCCGCAGCCACCGAGCUGCCCAGCGCUGCCAUGAGGACUGGAAGCGCCUGGCCCGUGUGAUGGACCGCUUCUUCCUGGGCAUCUUCUUCUCCAUGGCCCUGGUCAUGAGCCUCCUGGUGCUGGUGCAGGCCCUGUGAGGGCUGGGACUAAGUCACAGAGAUCUGCUGCAACCACAGCUCCUCCAGAAAGGGACAGCCACGGCCAAGUGGUUGCUGGCCUUUGGGCCAGCCAGUCUCUCCCCACUGCUCCUAAGACCCUGGGACACUUUACUUCACAAUCCACAAGGGAGCACUCAUUGUCUACACACCCUAACUAAAGGAAGUCCAGAGCCUGCCACUCCCCUAAUUCCAAAAAAAAGAGGAACUCUACAAAGGCCAAGAUCACAGAGUACAGUCUUGGAGGGACAGAAUUGUUUGUGCUAGGUAUUAGAGCUCUCAGUGGGGAGCACAUGGGUUAUAAUGAGAAACUGAACUGAACUGCUGCAUUUCCUGUCUUCCUUCCUAGGUGGCUGCUUUGCAGGGCUUUGGCUCUUACCUUUCCCUGCUGAGGGGCUCAGGGAAAAGGGUCGGGGAUUCUCAGUCGAGUUUCCAGAGCAGGAGGCCCUACAGACAUUUGGCCCCAAAUCCCCGACUCAAUAAAGUAAGCGUGUACCUAGCA